AACAAACAAAUAUCUCCUCUAGUGAACCCUUUAUAAAAUUGCUAUAUUUUAAGGCCAUUAAGACUUUUUCUUGAGAAUUUAAGCCAAAGUCCACCUUAUUAAUUAAGCUUCCUCCAACAACCAUCAUCUUGAUCUCUUCUAAUAUCCUUUACCAAAACCAAUAUCUCCUCUAGUGAUUUUGAAGAUACAAUCAUUAUGGAUAGAGAACUAGAACCAGAAGAACUAGCGUAUAGUAUUAUAGCUUCGAAGAAAAUAUGUUCACCAAUCACUUUAGCUUUUGUUCUUCCUCUUUCUUUCAUUUAUUUAGCUCAAACCAAAAUUUCUGAUAGCCCAGAUGAUGGAGGCUGGUUUUCUUUCUUCCUCUUUGGUUUAACAUCGGAAUUUGGACUGAUGAAAUUCGUCCACUAUGCAUGGCUUAGCAUCGAUCUCGGAAUUGGAUUUUUUUCAUCAUUCAGGGUCUGGUUACUCUUGUACCAUAUCUUUUUCCUUUUUCUUUCGCUUCUCUCUACUUCAGCCGUUGUUUAUACCGUUGCUUGUGCUUACACUAAGAAAGAAAUCACUUUUAACAAAGUAACAGUUAAGCCAUCUAAGGGUCUUGAUGGUCUUGGCGCCUCCAUUCUUAUUGGUAUAAUAGAGAAUAUCGUUUGCACGAUCGGGUUCGUUUACAUCAGCGUAAUAUGGCACCUGGCUUGUGUAGUAUCGGUGAUGGAAAAGAGUUACGGUUAUAGAGCAAUUUUAAAGAGCAAAGCGUUGAUUAAAGGUAAUAUUUGGAUGGCUUCGUUUAUCUUUAUUACGGUACAAAUAUUUUUAAUGAUCGUAAUAGCCACCUUCCAUAAUCUAGUAAUUGCUAAUGGGAGAAUAGGUGUAAUGGGCAAAGUUAGUUUGGGAAUAUUUUUUCUCUUGUUACUGUCUAUUUUGAUUCACUUUGGUCUUGUGGUCCAAACUGUUGUGUACAUUGUCUGCAAGUCGUAUCAUCAGGAGAACAUUGAUAAAUCUUGGUUAGCCGAGCAUUUGGAAGUGUAUAACGUAGGUGAUUAUGAUCCUUUGAUGGGAGACAAGGAUAUUCAAUUAGAACAAUCUGGGGUUUGAUCAUUUAAUCAUCUCCCUAAUGGUUUUAUACUUGUUAUACAGUAAUUCUGCCUAACGGUUUUGCACUACUUCAGUGUCACUAUCAUUAGAGUUGUACUUGUACCAGUCCAUCUGUUCCUUGCUGUCAAUAGUGUGUCGUGUCACUGUAAUGAAUGUAUGAAACUGUUGAGAAAAAGAACUUCAAAGUUUGUGUUAUGGUUUGUUACAGAAAAAGAAUUAUGAUCAUAAGAUAUAACAGUUUAUGACAUGAGCGUAUGAGCAAUGUAAUAUAACUUCUUAUGUUAUUUCAUAUAGACUUCUUUUACCGUUGUAA